AUGUAUCGUGAUUUAUAUGAUGAUUAUGAAGAAAAUCGUAUAUGGUGUGUUACACAUUAUUCAAAAUUCAUACAAACUUAUAAUUCAACAAUAAUAUUCAUUCAUUUUUUGAUUCCACUUUUAAUAAAUUUCUUUUCCGCAGUAUUUAUAAUAAUAAUGACAGCACGACAACAUAAUACAAGUAAUUCGAAAUUAACAUUUUACCAACAACUUAUUAAACAGUUGAAAGAACAUAAACCAAUUCUUAUAAGUUCAAUACUUGUUGUUAUUUUAUCAUUACCACGUUUGAUUAUAUCAUUAUUAACAACAUGCAUGAAAUCAUCAAGUAAACCAUUGUUAUAUCUUAUUGGUUAUUUUAUUUCAUUUCUACCAUCAAUGCUUAUGUUAUUUAUUUUUGUUUUAACAUCAGAUUUAUAUUUUAAACAAUUUAAAGAAUCGAUUAAAUCAUGUUUUAAACGACGACAAUAA